AUGAACAGAUUCCUCCGAUGCUCCAAUGACCUUUUUCAAGUUCUGCCAGAUGUAUUCACAGAAGAAUGGAGUGAACGGAGCCAUCAGUCGAACAAUGAGGAUGAGAACACGUCCAAGCGCAGCCAAUGCGUGAUGUUGCUCAUGGAGUCCGUUGUCUCCCUUUACUCUUUUUCUGUUCAAUCUGAUGUAGAUGUUGGUAAGAGUGUCGAAGAAUUUGGCAUUGAACCAUGGAAGGAACACGUCCUUGAGAAGAUCUCUGACUCCUUCUUCUCUGAAUCUCAAGUUUUCUCCUCUGACAACUGGUACCCAAUAAGUUUCAUCGUUAUUAGCCAAAAGUCUUGGAAUAAGAGUCUCAACACGGAUGAACCAAGAUGGAACGGCUUUGUAGAGAAGAGGAGUAUCCGACCGCCAGCAGAAUGGAUGCGUUUUUUCGGAGUUAGAACAAUUCAAAUAGCCUCAUUAGCUGGUUUUUCUUGGGGAGGUUCCAAGCUUGACGAAGUUCAGACGACAAAACCACGGACCUGUCCGAUUCAAAUUCAAAGACCAGAACAAGUGAAAGACGAUGUUCUGUUGAGUCGAAAGGUUAUCAAUCAUUUGGAUAAAUCAAACUUAAAACUUAGAUUAUAUCAAUACGAAACAUGCCCGUUCUGUUGCAAAGUUCGUGCUUUCCUAGACUACUACGGUUUCUCAUAUGAACUUGUCGAAGUCAAUCCAGUGACUCGAUCGCAAAUUAAAUUCAGUACACAGUACAAGAAGGUUCCGAUUAUCCGAAGUGGUGAAACGACUUUGACAGAAUCAUCCCUAAUUAUUUCACAGUUGGCAACUUUCCUACAAAGACCCGAUCAAACCCUUGAUCAAGUUAUUCAAAUGUACCCAGGAGUUGAUUCAACAAACGAAAAAGGAAAGCCAGUUGUGAACUAUCCGAACAAAUUCUUCAUUAUGAAAGGAAAAAUGGAAGGAGAAACUAAUAUGGCUAAUGCCAGAGAAGAGAGAGAAUGGAGAGAAUGGGUUGACAAUUGGUUUAUCCAUUUGAUCUCUCCAAAUGUUUACCGUAACUGGAACGAAUCUUUAGAAACAUUCCGUUGGUUUGAGCAAGUUGGUGAUUGGCAUCGUGCAUUCCCAGCUUGGGAACGAAUUUUAGCUGUGUACGUUGGGGCAGCCGCCAUGUUCCUUUUGUCGAAAACUUUGAAAAAGAAACAUAAUAUUGAAGACGAACGAGAAGAAUUGAGAAAGGCGUGUCGUGACUGGAUGGCAGCGAUCGGACCGAAUAGAAAGUUUUUGGGAGGAGAUCAACCCAAUUUAGCUGAUAUUUCUCUCUACGGAGCAAUGAAUUCAUUCUACGGCUGUUCAGCUUUCAAAGAAGUGAUUCUAGAGGAGAAGAUUGUCGAUUGGUGGCGAAGAAUGGAUUCAGUUGUCAAAAAUCAUGAAGGAAGAAAAACAUUGGAAUCUCGAGUUCUAAUUGUUCAGAAGCAAUAA